GAUCUGACACUAAGUUUUUUUUCUUUGGAUUAGUUAGGAAUGGCUCCUAAAAGAGAAUCCUCCAUUAAGAAGUCUCCUUCACCAACCCAGUCCCAACCCAGACUGGGUCCUCCUUACCCCAGUCUCCCUGCAGCUCCAAAACCAGCUCCAGAGCAGAAACCGAGGAUGCUGCGUCCUUCAGAUUCACCAUUUGAUCCCAGUACUUUGGAGAUUGAAUUUAACCUGGAUCAGAUUCAUGAGUACAAGGAGGCAUUCCUGCUGUUUGACAGGACAGGAGAUGGCAAGAUCAGUUACAGCCAGUGUGGGGACGUCAUGCGGGCCCUGGGACAGAACCCUGUCAAUGCUGAGGUGCUCAAGGUCCUGGGCAACCCCAAGGCCGAGGAGAUGAACAUCAAGAUGCUGGACUUUGAGCAGUUCCUGCCCAUGUUCCAGGCCAUCGCUAAGAAUAAAGAUCAGGGCUCCAUGGAGGAUUUUGUGGAGGGACUGCGUGUCUUUGACAAGGAGGGCAACGGCACAGUAAUGGGAGCAGAGCUUCGUCACGUCCUCACCACGCUAGGUGAGAAAAUGACAGAGGAGGAAGUUGAAACACUCUUGGCAGGGCAUGAAGAUGCAAAUGGCUGCAUUAAUUAUGAAGAGCUGGUCAGAAUGGUCAUGAACGGGUGAAGACGAGGAUCAUCCAACUUUUUUUUUUUUUUUACCCUGUCACAUGUACCCUCUUUUUGCAGGUAGCUUCUACAGCCCGCCCCCCAGAUUCCAUGGAUUAGUUUUCCACAUUUAAUUUAAGAAGUGCCUUUACAUUCCCUACAAAAGACCACAAAUGGCACUGGCUAUUGCUGCCAGGUCCAUUCACAUAUGUGACCAACUUGUAUGCAUUCAGGAGUCUUAAUGCUUGCAUUGUUUGCAAUAACAUUCCAAGAUGCAGCACUUAAGACAAUAUAAAUUGAUAAUGAUAUACUGUAAAUAUUGAUACUUGUGUGUCAAUGUUGGAUGGGACAUUAAUAUAUAUAUACGGCAUACAUAAUAUCUGUCAGCAACCUACUGUAUCAUUGGCUGAGACUCGCUUUGUCUGAGGAACAUGUUCCUCUGAUUAUGCGAUAAACCGGUAUAUUCAAAGCCAUACUAUCAUGAGGUAGAAACAAAAACAUUUCAGAUGGGUUCCCGAGUUUUUAAUUCAUCCCGAUUUUGUUGCUGCAUUUAAAUAAAUGUUUUUCCUGAAAACGUC